GAACUCCAUUUGGUAAAACAAAAUUGCUAUAUAUGUAAAUUAUUGAUAUAUUCUCUAUUUGUUGAUCGAUUAUCCUCAAGCAGCUUGGGGGUUUAAUCUUACAAUUAAUUAAGAUGGCUUUCAAUAAUGGAACCCAACAAAAGUGUAAGGCUUGUGAUAAAACGGUUUACAUCGCCGAGAUGGUUUCUCCCGGCGGCGUUGCAUAUCAUAAUACUUGUUUCAGAUGCGCCCAAUGCAACGGCCGACUUGCGUUGAGCAAUUAUUCCUCCAUGGAUGGAGUGUUGUAUUGUAAGCCGCACUUUGAACAAACCCUUAAAGAGAAAGGGGUUACUGUAAGGUCCAAUUCAAUUGGGAAGCAAGGCGAUUUGGCAAGGACCCCUAGCAAACUUUCUUCUGCAUUUUCUGGAACCCAAGAAAAGUGUGCAGUCUGCAAAAAAGUUGUGUAUCCAUUGGAGAAGGUAACUGUGGAUGGAUUCUUCUAUCACCAAAACUGUUUCAAAUGCUCUCAUGGAGGAUGCAAGCUCACAACCUCUUCAUAUGCUGCAUUAGAUGGACUCCUCUAUUGUAAACCUCACUUCUCUCAACUAUUCAAAGAGAAGGGAAGUUAUAACAAUCUUAAUAGGAGUAACUCUGGCAAGGCGAAUGGUGAACCUAAGCCCGGGGAUUCGCAAAGCGACAUUGCUAAGGACGAAGAUACCGUGGCCAUUCUAUGAAAAAAUUAUCUCACGAGCUAGAGAGCUUUUAUUUUGAGGAAGUGAAUUUUGGGGAAGCUUGACUCCUAUUUAUGUUUAUUACUUUUAUUUUAGUAUUUCCACAAAUUAAUCAAUCGACAAGUUUUGAAGGCACUCUUUGAUGCCUUUCUUUUUUAUAAGAGAAAAAUUAGAUUGUGAAUAUAUCAUUAUUAUCUUCUUUGUGUAAUAUUGAUACUUGUGUGCAUCGAUUUUUUAUCAAACAAUUUGAUUGAUGAAUUAGAUGAACUAUUUACAUAUCAUUUGAAAAG